GGUCUCCCGCGCCGCGCGCGCGAUCGUCUCGUCGUGCCUCGCGCGUUCCUCCGCCGCCGCCGUCGCGACUUUCAGACGCAACUCCUGCAGCUGCGUCUCGUACCGCUCCGCUUGCUCUCGCGACCGCGCGGACGCGACCGCGCGCUCUCUCUCGAGCUCGUCGUCGUGCUCGCGCGCGAGUUUCUCCUUCAACCCGCGCGCGGACUCCUCGUGCUCGGACGUCAGCGCCGCAUGUUGCCUCCGCAGGUCCUCUCGAAGCGCGUCUUGCGCGUCCCGGAGAUCUGAAGAAGUCGCCGCCGCGGCGGGACACCGGGAUCGCGCCCGAGCAAGAGGUCGGGAUCGACCUCGACGGCGACCACGCGAACGGCGUGGACGCGGACGGGAACGCGGUGUUUCGCAAAUCCGGCGUCGACGUCGGCGAUCACGGGUACCGGUGCCGAUGGACGAUCCAAGGACGAAGCGCGCAGGACGCGAGCUGGGAAACGCGAGAGACGCACUGGGAGAAGUGCGACGCGUCCGGGUUCAAAGAGCUCGGCGCGGAGAAGUCCGGGUUCAACGAAGACGGCGACACGUGGUGGGAGACGUGGAAAGAGGUGUACCGCGUGGAACGCGACGAUCGAGACGACGACUCCGGGCCGAUCCGCGCGGAGUUCAUCGAGAGGAGCGCGGACAAGUGGGCGCGCGAUAAGACCAACCACGAGUGGCACGAGAAGUGGUGGGAGCAGUACUCCCCGAGCGGGUACGUCGAGCGACAGGUGGAGAAGAGCGGACUGCACGGCGCGCAGGCGUGGUGGGAGAAGUGGGGCGAGCAGCACGGCGCCGACGGCGGGGAGACGAGGAAGUGGACGGACAAGUGGGCGCAGAACGGCGCGGGGACACGGUGGGGGGACAAGUGGGAGGAGCGGUUCAGCGCGGACUGCAUAAGUGGGGAUAAGAAGGGCGAGACGUGGCGCGUGGCCGCGAGCGGCGAGCGGUGGUCGAGGACGUGGGGGGAGACCAUCGACAGCAGCGGCGAGGUGAGGAAAUACGGCGAGUCCACGACGGGGGAGACGUGGGACAAGACGGAGACGCUGGAGAAGUUUUACUACGACCGCACGCCGGAGUACUCGUGGGACGACAUUAAGAACAUCUCGAAGCGGCUGCUGUCCAUCGAGACCCCGGACGAGAAGGACGAGUGA